AUGGAUAUAUGUACGUUAAUAUGUAUUCAUAUUGUAUUUUUCAAUGUUAUCAAUUGUAAUCCAUGUCAAAUGAGAGGAACAAUAGCUAAUUGCAGAGACAGAGGCCUUACGAAAGUACCAGAUGAUCUGCCUAUUGCCUUUUCUGCAAAUAAACAAUUAUCUGAGCUUAUUAUGGCAUAUAAUUUAUUUGCUGAAAUUCCAAUAUCUCUGAUGUCAUUAUCAAAAUUAAAACAUCUUCACAUGGAAUAUAACAUGCUUCAAACUAUUAAUCAAACAAUGAGAACCUGGUUAGAAAAUCAAAGAAUACGAAACAACGGGAAUUUUGUUCUCGGACUUACGGGAAAUGUUUUCAAGUGUGAUUGUGACACCUCCGAUUUUAUCCGGUGGAUGUUUGAGACUAAUGUUGAGUUUGAUAACAAAAAGAAAAAGUACAAAUGUAGAUUGAAAAACGGAACGAUAUCAACUACAGUUCGUGUUCACAACGAAUUUCAUCAGCUUUUCAGUAACUGCGGAAGUCAGUAUUGGCUUCUGGUAGGAAUUGUUUUACUUUCCGUAUUUACUGUGUUGACCAUUCCAGUUGCCAUUAUUAUAAAUUUUAGAUGGAGAAUAGUUUACUGGAUUUAUCGAGAAUUCAAGACAGUCGUCCAAAAAAGAUUGAAACAAGAUUUUUGCUACGAAGUUUACAUAUCAUACGCACGAGAUAGUGGUACCUGGGUGAAGGAUUCACUGGUUCCCAAAAUAGAAAAUUGUUGGAAAAUGACUGUCUGUGUAGAAGAUCGUGACAUUCUUGCUGGUGGAAGUUUCGCCGAAGCAAUUGCAAUAUCUAUCGAAAAAAGUCGAAACGUCAUUUUUGUUAUUUCUGAUGGUUUUAAAGAAAGAACGUGGACAAGUUAUGAAAUCGAAAGAGCAAAAUACGAAAAGUAUACGGGACAUCUUCACCAUAUAAUUAUCAUAACAAAAAAGGUUUCAGUGGAUAAAAUUCCCACCGAAUUUGGACGGUUUUGGAAAGAUGUAAUGUUCAUUGAAUGGCCAGAAGAGGAUUCUGAUUUUGGAUGGGAUAAAUUAAAAAUAGCUCUGUUUCAACAGGACAAAUGAUGAACAUACACUAGUUGUAUAAUGUUUGCCUACUGCAUGCGAAUAAU